CCGGGCGUGGGGCGGGCGGCGCUGCGGCGGCCGCGGCGGCUGCUUCCUCGGGCCAUUUUGCGGAGCUGCGACCCGGCGGAGGAACGCGGGGAGCCCCGAGACCCCGGGCGCGGGGCGGCGAGCCGGAGGAGGCGGCUCUCCUCGACCGCGGGGAGCUCGAGGCGCCAGAGGCUGCCGGCGAGGGGGAGCGGAGAGCCGCGCCCGGCGCGCGGCGCGCCCCGCUCCCGCCCCCUGCACCAUGAGCUGGGGCACCGAGCUCUGGGAUCAAUUUGACAACUUAGAAAAACACACCCAGUGGGGAAUUGAUAUUCUCGAGAAGUACAUCAAAUUCGUGAAGGAGAGAACAGAAAUCGAACUCAACUAUGCAAAGCAACUCAGGAAUCUCUCGAAGAAAUACCAACCUAAGAAGAACUCGAAGGAGGAGGAAGAAUACAGGUACACGGCAUGCAAAGCCUUCAUUUCCACCCUGAAUGAGAUGAACGAUUACGCCGGGCAGCAUGAAGUCAUCUCCGAGAACAUGACAUCACACAUCACGGCAGAGCUGGCGCGCUAUGUCCAGGAACUGAAGCAGGAGAGGAAAUCGCACUUUCACGAUGGCCGGAAGGCCCAGCAGCACAUCGAGACCUGCUGGAAACAGCUCGAGUCUAGUAAGCGGCGGUUCGAGCGGGACUGCAAGGAGGCUGACCGCGCCCAGCAGCACUUCGAGAAGAUGGACGCCGACAUCAACGUGACCAAGGCGGAUGUGGAGAAGGCUCGGCAGCAAGCUCAGAUCCGUCACCAGAUGGCCGAGGACAGCAAAGCAGAUUACUCCUCCAUCCUGCAGAAAUUCAACCGCGAGCAGCACGAAUAUUACUACACGCACAUCCCCGCCAUAUUCCAGAAAAUCCAAGAGAUGGAGGAGAGAAGGAUCGUGCGCAUCGGAGAGUCCAUGAAGACCUACGCCGAGGUGGACCGGCAGGUGACCCCCAUCAUCGGGAAGUGCUUGGACGGGAUCGUGAAGGCAGCCGAGUCCAUCGACCAGAAAAACGACUCCCAGCUGGUCAUCGAGGCUUACAAGUCAGGGUUCGAGCCCCCGGGUGACAUCGAGUUCGAGGAUUACACACAGCCCAUGAAGCGCACGGCGUCCGACAACAGCCUGUCCAACUCCCGGGGUGAAGGCAAACCCGAGCUCAAGUUCGGGGGCAAGUCCAAAGGCAAGCUCUGGCCGUUCAUCAAGAAAAAUAAGCUUAUGUCCCUCCUAACGUCGCCCCAUCAGCCUCCCCCCCCUCCUCCCACCUCCGCCUCAUCCUGUGCUGUUCCCAACGGCCCCCAGUCUCCCAAGCAGCCAAAGGAGCCCCUCUCCCAUCGCUUCAACGAGUUCAUGAUCUCCAAACCCAAAAUCCACUGCUUCCGGAGCCUAAAGCGUGGGACUCAGUCGUUCUGUUUUCACAAAGAAUUCCUGAAGAGGACGCUAGGCCAGCCCACCCAUGCUUUUGAAGCUAGGGAUUAUGUUCUUUCUCUCAAGCUGGGUGCGACGCCCGAGGAUUUCAGCAACCUCCCGCCCGAACAGAGAAGGAAAAAACUACAACAGAAAGUGGAUGAAUUAAACAAAGAAAUCCAGAAAGAGAUGGAUCAGAGAGAUGCCAUCACGAAAAUGAAAGAUGUGUAUCUGAGGAACCCGCAGAUGGGGGACCCGGCCAGUUUGGACCACAAGCUCACGGAAGUCAGCCAGAAUAUUGAGAAACUGCGGCUGGAGUCCCAGAAAUUCGAGGCCUGGCUGGCCGAGGUGGAGGGGCGGCUCCCGGCACGCAGUGACCAGGCCCGCAGGCAAAGUGGGAUGUAUGAGCCACAGCCCCCGCCACCGCCCGUCACCAACUGCGCACAGGACCGGGAGAGCAGCCCGGAUGGCAGUUACACGGAGGAGCAGAGUCAGGAGAGUGAGGUGAAGGUGCUGGGCACGGAGUUCGACGACGAGUUUGACGACGAGGAACCCCUUCCGGCCAUCGGCACUUGUAAAGCUCUCUACACCUUCGAAGGCCAGAACGAGGGGACCAUCUCCGUGGCCGAAGGGGAGAUGCUGUACGUCAUCGAGGAGGACAAAGGCGACGGCUGGACCCGCAUCCGCAGGAACGAAGACGAGGAGGGCUACGUGCCCACAUCCUACGUCGAAGUGUAUUUGGACAAAAAUGGCAAAGAUCCGUAAAGGUGGUCACGGGAGCCAGACCUCGGGGACCUGCCCUGGAAGAGGCCGCCUGUCCCCACGCCCCACCCCACCAUGCAGCGCCCCUGAGGCUGGGCGCGCGGCCUCGGAGCCUCCGUGUGCAGU